AUGCGGGGGAAUGAGAAAGCUCCCGGCAUGGAAGAUGCUGAGAAACAUCCCGCACCUGGCGGCCUGGUCCGACCUUCUGCGCGUCCCAUGCCAGCCCUCCUGCUCCUCGGGACCCUCCUGCUCCUGGCCUCCACUACCGGCCAGGCGGGGGCACUCCCGUCCAACGCCACGAGCGCCGAGCCCCCGGUUCGUGGGGGCGAGGGCCCCGGCGGCAGCACGGCCUACGUAGUGUGCGGGGUCAUCAGCUUCGCCCUGGCCGUGGGCGUCGGCGCCAAAGUGGCAUUCAGCAAGGCGUCCCGUGCGCCCAGGGCGCACCGGGAAAUCAACGUGCCCAGGGCUCUGGUCGACAUUCUGAGGCAUCAGUCGGGGCCUGGUACCCGCCCGGACCGGGCACGAAGCAGCUCCCUAACCCCGGGGGUCGGGGGUCCCGACAUCAUGCCUCCGAGGACGCCCAAGAACAUCUACAACACAGUGAAGCCCUCCAAUCUCGAUAAUCUGCACCACAACUACCUGCACCUCAACGUCAACAGCCCCAAACACCAUGCCGCCACACUGGACUGGAGGGCCAUUCCACCGCCCAGCCCCUCCUUGCACUACUCCACGCUGUCCUGCUCUCGGUCAUUCCACAACCUCUCGCAUCUGCCCCCAUCCUACGAGGCCGCAGUGAAAUCUGAACUCAACCGCUACUCCUCCCUCAAGAGGCUGGCCGAGAAGGAUCUGGAUGAGGCCUACCUGAAGCGCCGGCACCUGGCGGAGAUGCCCCGCGGGACACUGCCCCUGCACACGCUUCGGCGACCUGGCACAGGGGGCGGCUAUCGAAUGGAUGGCUGGGGUGGCCCUGAGGAACUGGGCCUGGCGCCUGCGCCUAACCCGCGGCGCGUCAUGUCCCAGGAGCACCUGCUGGGUGACGGGGGCCGCUCGCGCUACGAGUUCACACUGCCGCGAGCGCGCCUCGUGUCCCAGGAGCACCUGCUUCUGUUACCGGAGGCCCUGCACCAGAGCCGCGAGCACCUCCUGUCACCCCCGCGCAGCCCCGCUCUGCCUCCGGAGCCCACCGCCCGCGCCAGCCUGGCCGCCUCCCACUCCAAUCUACUGCUGGGGCCUGGGGGGCCCCCCCCCCUGCACGGGCUGCCUCCACCACCUAGCCUGCACGCGCACCACCAUCACGGCCUGCACGGUUCGCCGCAGCCCGCCUGGAUGUCAGACACCGGCGGCGGUGGCGGUACGCUGGCCCGUAGGCCGCCCUUCCAGCGCCAGGGCACGCUGGAGCAGCUGCAGUUCAUCCCCGGCCAUCACCUGCCCCAACACCUGCGCACCGCCAGCAAGAAUGAGGUGACUGUCUGAGCGUCUGAGGCCGGGCCCGGGGCUUGGGGGCUGCAGCCUCCCGGGCCCCCAUUCCAGCCUGCACCCCCCAGCACACUUCAGGGGCCUGGAGCCCAGAUCAGCGGUGGGGGGGGGGGGGGCUGCCUCCAAGGACACUGUUUGGAUGUAAUCGUCACCAGAGACAAAGCCUCUUUCUUGGAUGUCAUGGCAGAUAAGAUCCCUCCUUCUACAUCACAGUAUGAGGCAAGGCCUCCUUCCUAUGACGUCAUCACAGAGGAAGACGUUUGUGAGGUCAUCACUAUGGAAGAUGUCUGUGUUUAUCACAGGGACAAAAACUCCUUCCCAUGAGGUCAUCACAGAGAAACAGGCCCACACUUAACUAGAGGCUAUGUCUAUGUUCCAUGAUGUCAUCACAAAGACUUCCUUCCUGUGAUGUCAUAAAAGAAAUAAUGCCUUGUCCUAUGAUGUCAUCCCUAGAUACAGAGAGUCUGUCUUAUGAUGUCACUGCAUAGAUAAGUUUCACUCUAUGAUGUCAUCUCUGGCAACAGAAGUCCUCUUUGACAUCAUCACCAGGAAAAUAUUUUCUUCCAAAGAAGAUGCCUCUGUCUGUGAUGUCAUCUCUACAGACAAAGCCACCUU